UAUACAUACGAUUAAAGAUGGUUCGAAGUAAAGAUAAAAUGUAGGUAGAAGGAUGUGUCAUUUUAUGACAAGUAGAAUUGUCGUUUUCUUUUUCUAAAUAAGAUCAAAAUCUACAAUCAAUCAUGUCGUAUUUAAAUCAACCCGAUUAUGUGCGUUAUGUAUGUAACUGUGGCUCUCUAAAACCGAUUUCAAAGAUUUACUUUUGUAGACAUUGCUCGAAGAUUCGUUGCGGAUAUUGUGUCUGUCAAGAGGUUGAUUCACAUUAUUGUCCCAAUUGUAUGGAAAAUUUGCCAUCAUCAGAAGUUCGCCUUAAAAAGAAUAAAUGUUCAAAUUGUUUCAAAUGUCCAUGCUGCUUUCAAACAUUAUCCACGAGAGCUGGACAUGCACCUUUAAGAGCAGUACCUGUUGAAGGUGAAGAUUCCAAAGAUAUUAAAACAACACCAAAGAAAGUUUAUUAUCUAUCCUGUUCACUAUGUCGAUGGACCUCCAGAGAUGCUGGUAUUCCAGAUCAGUCUGUGGCUACUGGAGGUUGGCCUGAACAAGAAAAUCCUCAUAUGAACCGGAUUAAUACUUUGAUUGAUUAUCAUAAAAUACUGGCUUCUAUAGAAAAACAACAAUCUGAAAAAAAGAAAUUUCGACCAAAGCAUCCUUAUAUGCAAAUUGCUAUGUUCAGAAUAACAUCUGCUAUGGUUCGUAAACGUAUAGGACAUCCUACAAAACCUGCUACUGAAUCAACUGACCAACCACCUCCAGCUGUUGCCAGUAUAGAAGUAGAGGAAUUGCCAACAGAUAUUUUUACAAAACCAGUCGAAAUAACUAAGAUUACUACAUUGGAACAGCGAUUGCAACAACCAGAUGUACAAACAGAAAAUGUAAAUGAAUUGCGUCCGCAGCAUAGACAAUUGCUAGUUAGAAGAUCACAACGAUGUCGAGUUUGCGAACAUAAUCUUUGUAAACCGGAUUUUUGUUCACAUUCUGCAAAGUUUAAGAUUCAACUUGCUGCAUUUUAUCACGUUCCGGAAGUGAGGAUCGUUACUUGCGAACCUCUCCGUCCCGGUAAAUCAAGUGAAUUGCUCUUAAAGUUUUGCAAUCCAACUCAGCAUCAAACUCAGGUGGUACUAUUAUCUUUGGAUACACCAAUGACACCUAUCUUGACAGUUGUGGAUGAAAAGGAGGAAGUUAAACAGGAUAAUACACAACAGGUAAAGGACCAGGGAUCUGAAUCCCCGAAUUUAUUACCUUCUAUUGUACGACAAGUGCCUGUAUCAGAGGAAACAAAACCUAUCAAAAUUACUGCAAAUGCAGAUUUAGUACUUCCUCACAGUCCUCUUAUUUUGCCUCGUAGAGACGAUGCUGCUGAAUAUGACGAUACCGGUGAUACGCAUAAUUUUCAAGAUGAUCCUAAGUUUGUGAUUUGGCGAAAAGGUAAUAAAGCUGUAAUAAAAUUACAUGUAACUCCACAUGAAAAUAUACAAGAGAGUGAUGGUCAACCAAUUAUAAUUGGCUUUGUUAUGCAGUACAGAUAUGUGAAUACUAUUACUACGUUGGAACAUAAAGCGCCUCAAAAAUUAGAUCUCAAAGUUAAACUUUAUCUUACUGUAGGCAAUAUUGUUGGAAGUGCUUAAUGCUUAUUACUGUCAUAAAUAUUAAACUUCAAUAAUUAACUUAAGCUGCACAUAUUCUAUAUGUAUCACUUAUUAUUUAAAUGUUAAUUUAUAUUUAUUUUAUAAUGAGUGGUUACUAAUAAAUAUAAUCUUUUUUUAA